AUGGACUAAUGAUUUUAGCUGGUAAGUGGCGAUUCCAGGAGAAACUGGCGGUGGAGUUUGUGGGAUUGGAAGCUGCGCCUAUACGCGCCGUUUUAGCCAAUAAUGGAUGGAGAGCCGUAUAUAGAUGGGCUUUGUUAUGGGAAAUGUAGCCCAACUAGUGAUGGCCCAUUACUAAUGGGUACUAUACAAUAAUAAGUCACCUCUGGAUAGCAUAAUGAGAAGAACAUAACAGAGGAGAUGAAAGAAAACAUAGACAAGGCAGAAAAAAAUGUUAAUAGAAACAUCCAAAGAAUUGAUAACAUCGGUAAUGGAGGUACAGAGCACUUGAUGCUUAUUCAAAGCUUUUGCUCACCAGUGAAAAAUAUGAGUAUUUUUUAUGAAGAAAUGUAAAUAUGACAUUUGUAAUAAGUGUGACUCAACAAGUAUCAUGUAUACAUCCAUAUGUUCAUCGUUUGGAAACGAGUUGGGUUUUAAUUAGUCUAGUUGAAGAAAGGUGGGAAACGAAUUUGUCAACCACUCAACUCGAGAUCCACAUCUCACGUGCAUGAAUUAUAUAAAUAAGCUUAGAGUUGAUAGAAAAGCCAAAUGAAAUUAUUAUACUGUUAGGUUAAAGAGAUGGGAUUAUAUCCUUAAAUAACACAGUAAACAGAAAAGGAAAAGAAGUGCAUUAGAGAUAAUUAAAUAGCACUUGUUAAUCACUCCCACCACAUGUACAGUAUAUUUAAAUACGAAGGGGAACAAAAAUCGCGGAAAAAGAAGAGUUGAAUCGGAGGAGAAGGUGAGUUGAAUCGUCACCGUCGUCUACGUCUUCGUUCGCACGUCGGAAUCAUCAAAGAAGCUUGAUAGAUCCAUCUCAACUAAGACUUCACUCUUACCCAACCUUUUUUGUAUCUCUCUCAAUAAUCUAGCUUUAGAUUCCUUCUGAGAGAAUUAUUCAGAUCCUUUGUUCUACUUUCGGAGAUAGAUGCCGGGAAAUUCGGCUUCUCUCGGUCUCCUCCGGGGGUUCUCAGGAGGAGGUUGCAGACAUUCACUGCUUACUAUAGUAUGGACCGUUGUGGGAUUCUUACUCGUCACUCAUCUCAUCUCGCUCUACACCAGAAAAGAUAAUAACAUCGAUGCUCAACAACAACACCAACCUCCUUCUCAUCACUUACAACAACUACCUCCUCCUGCUCUCCAUGACCUUGUUAGAGUCGAAGAAGAGAUCUUGAGAUUACCUCCACCUAGAAAGCGUUCUCCUCGCACAGGUAAACGGAGAUCGAGAAAACCCAUCCCCUUGGCUGAAGAGUUUCUUGACGACAAGUCACCCAUCAGACAUCUCUUCUUUCCCGACAUCAAAACCUCCUCCUUUGGUCCGACCAAGGACAUGGGUAACGAUGCGUUUCAUUACUCCCCCGGGAAGAUUUGGUUGGACACAGAAGGAAACCCAAUUCAAGCUCACGGCGGAGGGAUUCUACACGAUGAUAAAUCUAACACGUACUAUUGGUACGGUGAAUAUAAAGAUGGACCAACCUACCAUGCUCACAAGAAAGGACCAGCUAGAGUUGAUAUUAUAGGGGUAGGUUGUUACUCUUCAAAAGACUUAUGGACAUGGAAAAACGAAGGCAUUGUACUCGGAGCUGAAGACACAAACAAGACUCACGAUCUGCAUAAAUCUAAUGUUCUUGAGCGACCCAAAGUGAUCUACAAUGACAAGACAGGGAAGUAUGUGAUGUGGAUGCAUAUCGACGACGCUAACUACACUAAAGCUUCAGUUGGUGUAGCCAUCAGCGAUAACCCAACAGGCCCGUUUGAGUAUCUAUACAGUAAACGUCCGCACGGGUUCGAUAGCCGAGACAUGACUGUCUUCAAAGACGACGACGGUGUUGCUUACCUUUUUUAUUCUUCCGAAGUCAACAGUGUGCUUCAUAUCGGACCCUUGACAGAAGACUACCUAGACGUGACGCCGGUUAUGAAGAAAGUGAUGGUUGGACAACACAGGGAAGCUCCGGCUAUCUUCAAGCAUGAGAGUACUUAUUACAUGAUCACUUCUUGGUGCACUGGCUGGGCGCCUAAUGAGGCCCUGGCUCAUGCGGCUGAGUCGAUAAUGGGUCCAUGGGAGAAGUUGGGGAACCCCUGUGUCGGUGGUAAUAAAGUUUUCCGGUUAACAACGUUCUUUGCGCAGAGCACGUAUGUGAUUCCUUUGCCUGGUGUUCCCGGUGCGUUUGUCUUCAUGGCGGAUAGGUGGAAUCCUGCUGAUCUGCGGGAUUCGAGAUACGUGUGGUUACCGUUAGUGGUAGGAGGACCGGCUGAUCAGCCUCUGGAGUCCAGUUUUGGGUUCCCGAUGUGGUCGAGAGUGUCGAUAUACUGGCACAGUAAAUGGCAUUUACCUUAGAACAUACAAACAAACAGCUAAACAUUUGUUCUUAUCGAUCUCUCUGUUGUUGAUUUAUUUUGUAGAUUAGGUCAUUUUCAUACAAACCAUUGUGAGGGUUAUAUAAUAAUUUCUAAGAAAUGUUUUACUCA